AUGAAGGUCAAGAGUAAACUCAAGAAGAGCAAGAAGAAGGAAGCCAAGGAUAAUGAGAAAGCUCCAACUGACGACGAUGGUGAUGUCGUAUUAGAGCGUCGUCGUACUUCAACAUUCCAGUCGUUGAGAGAAAAGGUUGGAGGCAACAAGAGGAAGAAACCGAAAAAGUCAAAGAAGAAAGUUCAACCUUUGACAGAGAUUCUGGACGAUUCCAAAAGGGAGUCAGACAACAACAUUUUACGACAGUAUCUUGGGGUCGACAAUUAUGGUAUGUGUUUGUCACAUCCAGGUGAGCCCGUCAUUCGGAAGACAGAAUCUGGUGAGGAAAUCAGCACUUGCCAAUGCUGCGCAUCGUAUGAUGAUGGAUACAGAAGAGUUGUCCAGCAGCGCAUUCUACAGCGACGGAACUGGGAUAUCACUUCCCUUCCUUUGAACCGAUGUCCUUUCUUUUCGAAAUACUUUGCCAUGAUGGAUUUAAAUGUACCAAUGGAAGACGUCCAGAAUAGUUGCUUUAUCGAUCGACAUCACCCGCUAGUAUUGGAAUUGGAUCCAGAAGAAUGCAUAGCACGACAGGGUGUACCAACACUGCAAGCAACUGUCGAACAAGCGAAUGAGUACUUUAUGUAUACCCCACUGAUUGAGAAUGAACAGCAAGUGGGGAGCAUCAUGAAACGCCGAGAGAUAUCAGAGAGUGUAACAAAGGCCAUUGACAAAUCAAUGAUGCAGUUCCGAGCUAAACAACGGUCCACCUUUCGCAAAGGAGUUACCAAGAUGAUAAGAGUCAAUCGGUUCCUUGGUGCUGCCAAACGAGAGGACGAUUUGAUUUUUGAUGACAGCACGAUAGAGGGACAGUACAACAACAGUCUCCGAAUGAAUCUUGGAAUGGACAAUUUUGGCAUGUGCUUGCGACACCCCAAUAUUCAAAUCUGUUCGAAGCGCUGCACCAAGAAACUGGCGCCAGUUCAAAUCUGUCGCAUCUGCAAGUCAGAGAGAUUGGCAGGAGGGAAAUAUGCACAACCUAAAGAAGUUGGAGCUAUUGUCAAUCAGAUCCAAAAGCUACAAAGAGACAAAAAAGCUUGGCAUCAGCGAACAAAUGUAUUGUACUACGGAAAAGACUAUGAUGCUAUUCACCCUUCCACACGCGAUGAAUCUUCGGAACGAAAGCCAAUUGCACCGAAAAAGCGGAAGAUGACCUCAGAAGAGUGGGAGCAAGGGAUCCGACAACGUGUGAAGCAAGUUCAAGCUUGGGACUCGAGCAAUUCAUUGCGAAACAAUCCAGUCUAUGCCAAAUACUUUCGACUUCUGGAAAUUGGGGUCCCAUUCGAAGCGGUCCAGCAAACCGCUAUACUAGAUGGAUUGAAUGCGGAUGUGCUUGAACUAGAUCCCGACGAUUGCCUUGAGAACCAAAAAGAGAAACUUAGUGCUGACGUCCUGGAAGAAGUUCGGGCAUUGAUACCCGACGACACUACUCUUGAAGACUUGGAAAAUACUGUUGAAGCUGUUGAUGAAGCCUUUGAUAAGCGACUGCUGACAACAAAGGUGGCUAAAGCCAAAGACAAAAGCAAGAAAUCGGCGGUGAAGGUGGAAAAGAAAGAGAAGAAAAAGGUUGCGAAAAAGGAGAAAAAGGAAAAGAAGAAGGCCGCGAAGAAGGAAAAGAAGGAAAUAAAAAAGAGGCGUAAGACCAUGUCAAAAGAGGCUAUUGAAGAUGCCAAUAGCCUCGAUCAAACCAGGGUAAAGAAUCUGGCUUUACCUGUAUUGAGCGAAGACCAAGCGGUCGGAAAGACUGCUAAGCAGACAGAGGAUCAGCAUCAAGCCAUAGCCAGACUGCAAGCUGAACUUGCAGAAAAAGACGCUAUUAUUGAAGCGUUACGACGGAAAGAACAGGAAGCAUCCAUCACCAAAUCCUAUGAUUCUAACGACGAAGAAAUAGAAUGUUAA